AAAGAGAGUACUAGCUUAUGAAAAUGAAGAUUUUUAUCGUGUUGUCCUGCUUUGUAGCGGUGAGCCUUGCUGGUGUUCUCACUAUGACUAAAGAGACGGUUGACGACGAAUGGAACAUGUGGAAAGAAAAAUUCAAUAAAUUUUACUAUGAUGAGAAGGACGAAGCUGUGCGUCAAUACAUCUGGCAAAAGAAUAAAGAAUACAUCACUAGCCAUAACAAGAGAGCUGACAAUGGGGAACACUCGUACAGACUGGGAAUGAACAAAUUUGCCGACUUGGACUCCAAUGAAUUUGCCAAAAUGUUCUUGGGCUAUCGUAACGCAAGCGACGAUAAAAAGAGAGCUGUUGAAUGCAAGAAAUCUAGCAUCUUCGUUUCAAGCAACAACUACGCACCCCUGGCCCACCACGUCGACUGGAGAACAAAAGGCUACGUUACCCCGGUGAAGGAUCAGGGCCAGUGCGGAUCUUGCUGGGCGUUCAGUACGACCGGAUCACUCGAAGGACAACACUUCAAGGCUACCGGGAAACUUGUUUCUUUGAGCGAACAGAACCUCAUGGACUGCAGUAAGCCUGAAGGAGACUUCAGCUGCGAGGGAGGACUCAUGGACUAUGCUUUCGACUACAUUAUUGAAAACGGCGGAAUUGACACCGAGGCUUCUUAUCCUUAUGAAGCAUCGGACGAAUCCACAUGCAAAUUUGCCAAGAGAAGCGUGGGUGCUACUAUGACGUCAUGUGUUGACGUCACACCAAGGCAAAGCGAGGAUGCUCUAAGGAAGGCAGUGGCUACUAUCGGACCUGUCUCUGUUGCUAUAGAUGCAUCCCAGCCGUCUUUCCAAUUAUAUGCAAGCGGAGUAUAUGAUGAACCAAACUGCAGUUCCACUCAACUCGAUCACGGCGUUCUGGCAGUCGGGUACGGUACUGAAGACGGAAAUGCUUACUGGAUUGUGAAGAACAGCUGGGGACCGAAUUGGGGAGACCAUGGUUACAUCAAGAUGAGCAGGGAUAAGAAUAACCAGUGUGGCAUUGCUACCUCUGCUAGCUAUCCGGUGGUGUAAGGAGUCUCUGGAGGUUUCUGGAUGAGAGAGGACUCGCUUGAAUGAAUUUAUCAUGACGUAACAAUAAUGUUUUAAUGACCAAUAAUUUUGCUGUAUUUUCGCUUGUUUUUAUUAUUUUUCUUUUAGUGUCUGAAGCAGGGAUGUACUUCGACUAGGUUUUAAUAAAUUGGAACAAAUUAAAAACGCCAAACACUGUUUUAUUGGUAACAUUGUUGAAUUAAUGAUUUUUGAAUUACAAUUUUAGAUGAUUAAUUAACUAAUCGAUAAUUUUGCUGAAAAUGCUGACUCGAAAUAUCAAAAUUCGACGAGUCAUCCUUUGUAAAGUCGUUGUUAUUUUCGCUGCUUAAUGAAACUUUUCUGAUUCGAAUUGUUUACCAUAAUUUUUAAAAUUAUUUUUAAUUUUGGGUAAAUGAUUGUAAUAACCUAUUAAAUUUGCUUCGGUUUCGUUUUUUUUUGAGCCAAUUUUAAUAUA